AUGAACACAUUAAAAAAUAAAGUUGUAUUGCGCGGAAUAUUCAGUGCCGCACUUAUAGCUGGGUUAGGAUUCAGCUCUUUUGCUCAGGUCCAAAAAGAUAACUGGCAUAAUCUUGAUUUUAAGAAAGAUUCUGUAUUUGGUAUAAGUACUGAAAAAGCAUACCUGGAAUUACUAAAAGGUAAAAAAUCGACACCAGUGAUUGUGGGUGUGCUGGAUGGUGGGGUUGACAUUAAACAUGAAGAUUUACUAAGUGUAAUCUGGGUAAAUAAAAAAGAAAUUGCCGGAAAUGGAAAAGACGACGAUAAAAACGGAUAUAUAGAUGAUGUAAAUGGCUGGAACUUUAUUGGUUCAGCGAAAGGUUCUGUAAGCCACGAAGCAUUGGAGCUUACGCGUGUACUGCGCAGAGACAAGGCCAGGUUUGAAGGCGUAACUGCCGAAACGGUUAAACCUGCCGACAAAUCAGCAUUUGAACAAUAUCAAAAAGAACAAGCUGAUUUUGACAAGCAAACCAAUGAAGCUAAAAAUGCUGUCGCAAAUAUUGGCGGUUUAAAAAUCGCGCUGGAUGCAAUGGUGAAAAAUAUGGGCAAAGAAAAUCCAACUUUAGCUGAUUUCCAAAACUAUAAAGCUUCAUCUGAUAUGGAAGGCCGUUUGAAAAACAUUAUGGUUUCUCAAUUACAGAAUUCAACUUAUGAAGAUUUCUACAAAACACAGAUCGUGAAAGGCCUGGAUCAUUAUCAGGAUCAACUGGCUUAUAAUUUAAACCUUGACUUUGAUCCCAGAGCUGAAUUUGUAGGAGAUAACUACGCAGACAGCAAACAAAGAAAUUAUGGAAGUAAUGACGUUACGGGUCCUGAUGCAAGUCACGGAACGCAUGUAUCUGGAAUUAUAGCUGCAAACCGUACCAACAAUAUUGGCAUUAAAGGAGUAGCAGAUAAUGUUCAGAUUAUGGGGGUCCGUAGUGUACCAGAUGGCGAUGAGCGCGAUAAAGAUGUUGCCAAUGCAAUCCGUUACGCAGUUUCCAAUGGGGCAAAGGUUUUGAAUAUGAGUUUUGGUAAAGCUUAUUCAUGGGAUAAGAAUGCCGUUGAUGAAGCCGUUAAAUAUGCGAUGUCUAAAGAUGUACUGAUUAUUCAGGCAGCUGGUAAUGACAAUAAAGAUCUUGAUGUAGAGAAAAGCUUUCCGGACCGCAGAUAUGAAGGUGGUGGAACAGCAGAAGCUUAUAUUGUGGUAGGUGCUUCGGGAUCUGCAGAUGAUAAAACUUUGAAGGCAGAUUUUUCUAACUAUGGAAAAACAACAGUCGAUGUAUUUGCACCAGGUGUGAAAAUCUAUUCUACAGUACCUGGAUCGAAAUAUGAAGCCUAUAACGGUACAAGUAUGGCUGCUCCUGUGGUUGCAGGUGUUGCUUCAUUAAUCAGAGAAUAUUAUCCUAAACUGACUGCUGUACAGGUUAAGGAUAUCAUUAUGAAGUCAGUUGUGAAAGUUAACCACAAUGUCGAUAUAGAAGGUGCUGAAGGAGAAACCCCGAAAUCGGUUCCUUUUGCAGAUAUUUGUAUUUCAGGUGGAAUUGUCAAUGCUUAUAAUGCUUUGAAAUUAGCUGCUGAUUACAAAUAG